UAGUAUGUAGCCAUUCCCCAUCCAUCUCUCCACCAAACAACCCCACAUCUUCACAAGUUAUGAAUCAUACCAUUUAUCACUCAUCAAUAAAUUAAUUCAGGAAAGAUUCGCAUAAACUUCGCCAAUAUUCAAGAAAUUCGUUUUCACGAAGUGUCCAAACAGUUAUAACAUGGGUCUAAACUUUACAGGAGCGUUUAAAGUGAUUGCUCGAUUACCGGAAGGACCCAUGAAUUUACAUCCGUACCUCCACUUCAACAUGGGUGACACUACAAUUACCCAAGUUUCUGAGGAGGGAAGGUACAAGCUAUCGCUUAAUCCGACCUUUAUGAAUCGCUGUCUGGAAUUUACUCUGGGUGAAGAAUUUGAACAAACUAUUCCGGAACUUGGGACUUUUAAGACCACUUUUAUCCUAAAUGGAGAAAAUGAGCUGGUCCAGACUGCAAUUUCUUCCCAAUCAAAUGAAAUCCUUGUCAUAAGAAGGAUUUAUAACGGAAAACCGAUUUCGUUCUACGCGCACAAGGAACAGGUGGAAAUUCGAAUGAGCAUUGAUGGAAAUGCGGUUCCCUGGUUCUACGUGAUGGUGACUAGAUGAAGGACUUUCUACCCGUGCGCAUGGAUAAUUAUUGCAGCUUAUUUAACAUGAUCAUUCAUUCUGUCAAUUCUUAUUUGGCUUAAACAGAAAUACAUGAAUGAACUAUUUAUGAUGAUUUUA